UUUUCUAUGAUUCUCGUAACAUAUGAGGAGUACUCUUGUAUGUCGACAUUAUGGAAAGCUACGUUCUCCUUUUGGUACAGACACCAUACUAAAAGAAACUGAUACUCCCGAGUCGGCAGUUGCAAAGCUUUUUGCAUCUGCUAAGAUGAGUAGCACAGAGUUCCCUCAAUAUGGGAUGCCAAGUCAUUGUUUGCAAAGUUUGCCUUCUGAAGAACAAAUGAAGGCAAUGGCUCUUGAGGUUCAAAAUCUUCUUGUUUCUGGGAAAAAGAAGGAGGCUUUACAAUGUGCUCAAGAAGGACAAUUGUGGGGACCUGCACUUGUUCUUGCUUCACAACUUGGCGAUCAGGUCAGAUAUCAAAAUUUCACAGUUUAAUACUCUGCUGAUAUU